AUGAGUGCUGACGCCCCAACCCCAACCCCGACCCAAACCCAAACCCAAGCCACCGCCACCAAACCUGAAGAAACCCACAUCCUAACCCAAGCCACCAACACCAAACCGGAAGAACCUCAGCCUCACACUGCCGAUUAUGCUCCAUACCCUAAACUGGACCCAGACGACGUCGUGCCACCUCCUCUUCAACAGCACGAAGCACCCCUCAAUACUGAAUCUCGCGCCCCAAUUUCCGGCGAUGCUGCCACUACCAUGCCCAUGGACUCGAAUCCCUAUGUCACUGCUGCGCCUGUUCCCGCUUCUUCUACUAAGACUACUUUAGAUUCCGUGAAAGACGUUCUCGGAAAAUGGGGUAAGAAAGCCGCCGAGGCCACCAAGAAGGCAGAGGAUCUCGCUGGCAACAUGUGGCAACACUUGAAAACAGGUCCAAGUUUUGCCGAUGCAGCUGUGGGGAGGAUUGCUCAGGGAACUAAAGUUCUUGCGGAAGGAGGGUAUGAGAAGAUCUUUAGGCAAACUUUUGAGACAGUUCCAGAGGAGCAGCUUCUGAAAACGUAUGCAUGCUACUUGUCUACUUCGGCUGGGCCUGUGAUGGGGGUCUUGUAUUUGUCAACGGCGAAGCUGGCAUUUUGUAGUGAUAACCCACUUUCUUACCAAGUGGGUGACCAGACUCAAUGGAGCCAUUAUAAGGUGGUCAUUCCAUUGCAUCAGCUGAGAGCAGUAAACGCAUCAACAAGCAGAACCAACCCAUCUGAAAAAUAUAUACAGAUUAUCUCUGUUGACAACCAUGAAUUUUGGUUUAUGGGCUUUGUGCAUUAUGACAGCGCUGUUAAACAUAUUCAAGGAGCAUUGCAGCCUCAUUGA